AUGCGGCGGGAGCACAUCCGUGUGGCCAAGGAGGAGCAGAAGCGGCGCCUCGCAGCAGCGACCUUGGCACUCACAGCGGACCCAAAGACGAUGGACCCGUACGCCAUGAAGGUAAUACUGCGCGCCUGGCAAAGCUUGAUGAUCGACACGCGGGCCCAAUCCGCCAUCAAGGUGGAGCGCCAGCGUGGAGAGGAACGCGAAAAGGAGCGGAAGAGUCAGGCCCAACGGCGAUUCGCCAUGCUCAUCACUGAGGCGCAGCUGAGCUCGGAUACCAAGAACUUUUCCGAGAAGCCGUGCAGCCUGGUUCCAUCGAAGACCGAGCUGCCCAACGCAUUCUGCUCGCCUUGCGUGCAGCUAGGAUCGCAGGGCAUCAACCUGCUGCUGAACUACCUCUUGAAUGCGGGUGUGGUGGAGAGUUGCUCCAAGCUCUGUGAGCAUCUGAAGAGCAAGCCGGAGCAGUUGGCCUGUAACCUUGCAUGCGAUCUGGUCGGCAUCAAGGAGUUCGUGAAAGCCUUGAACCACACGGACCUGGAUCCCAUUUACCUUUGCGAGAUCAUCAAAGCUUGCCCGGCUGGCCCGGACGAUGCGGACGCGAGCAUCCUGGACGUGAAGGCCACGCCCACGAGUGUGGCCAAGGGCGACACUGUGCAGAUGAUGUGCGACGUGAAGGUCGCAAAGGCCUCGGGCGUGGGGGAGUUCCGCUUGGCAGUGAAGGGCCCAGUGACCGCAGACGUGGGCCAGAGCUUCCUGCUGCCCAAGGGCCUGAAGGAAGGCACUGAGCAGCUCGCUGUCCAGCUGGAGGUCAAGGACGACACCAGCGGGGAUGAGCCGGUUGUUUGGUCGCCUGGCAACAUCCUUAGCACCAGCCCAGAUGCAGGUGAGUGGAGCACCGAGCAGAAACAAAAUGAGUUCGCCACAGGCAGCUUCAUUUGUGGCAGAAUCUUCUGCCAGCGGGUCAAGUACUCAGCCGCCUCCGCCGCAAAUGACCGGGUCGCCACUCUCAGAUGCCUGUCAUCUCUGCAAGCCACACAUGUCCUACUUCAUGUUGGAAGGCCGUCACGGCCCCUGAACAGCUCCCAGGUUGAGUGGGCUUUCCAUCCUCAGACAGAAGUUCAGACUGAAGUUCUCAGGCAGCUCUCCCUGAUGGGCAACUAUCCUGUGCAUCCACAGGUUACACCCCCCUGGUCAGUGCCGCGGAGUCUUGGCCGUGCUCAGGGUUUGCAGAUGCACCCUGCGAAUAGAGACGACCGCCACAUGCGGCUGCGGAUUGCCAUCAUGCAGUUCUACGAGAAGCACAGUCCUGAAAAGCUGACAGAGGACGACUUCAUUGAUUUCAUUUGCAGCGUAUAUGGAGGGCGUGAAGCCGAGCUGGACGAGGCGUUGCGUUGGAAGUAUGGCGUUGGCUUGCGGCUGCCACAGACGUCCGCUUGGCUGAUGCCAUCCUCUCCGCAAGCAUUUGCCGGUCUUGGAAGGAUGACUGGCGAGCUCUCCAGCCCAGGUAGCUUCGAUCCGGCCUGCGUCAACAGCGAUCAGGCCUGGCUUCAUGCAGGUUCAGCCCAGCAACAGUGCAGUUCCAUGCAGCAUGGCGGAGGUAGCCAAAUGGAAGAACCCAGCAGGAUGAUCAAUCAGCGGCUUCAACAGCUCCAGCAGCUGAAUUCAAGCUUGCCGGAUGAUGCAGCUGCUGGCAUCUAUGACUUUGGCUGCGACGAAGGCUCCCUGCCGAGCUGGACUUGUGCCUUGGAAGGCACUCAGCACGAUGACUCGGAGGGCCCAGAGUUAAGCUGGAUCGACGAAAUUGUCAUGGAGGACGGUGGCCUGGAAGUCCCGGAUGAAGUCGCCCGCGCUAUUCUUAGCAAGAAUGCUACGAAAUAUCGCGAUCUGAGGUUAUUGAUUAAGUAA